AUGGCAUCCUUCCAGAACUCAACUGCCGAAGUUAGAAAGGUCAAAAAGGUCCAGUUCGGUAUCCUCAGUCCUGAUGACAUCCGUGAGAUGUCAGUCGUACUGGUCGAACAUCCAAACAACUACGAGAAUGGCAAACCAAAGCCCGGUGGACUGGUCGACCCUAGGAUGGGCACAGUGGACAAGUCACAGAAGUGUGCAACGUGCUCUGGUACGAUGGCCGAGUGUCCAGGUCAUUUCGGUCACAUCGAGCUGGCCAAGCCAGUCUUUCACAUUGGAUUCAUCGACACAGUCUUGAAGAUUCUCAGAUGUGUUUGUUUCCACUGUUCCAAGUUGUUGGUCGAUACUGACGAUGUACAUUUUAGACAGGCGCUAAAGAUCAAGAAUCCAAAGAGACGACUGGGUGCUGUGGUCGAUAUUUGUAAAACAAAGAAGGUCUGCGCAUUGGCCGCCGAGGAUAAGGAGGACGAUCUGUCAAAGACUGAGGAGGAGCUGCGCGAGAAAGAGAAGAAGCAGAAGCAGGGCGGUUGUGGAAACCUCCAGCCAAAGAUUACCAAGGAGGAGUUGAAGUUCAUCGUCGAGUUCAAAGAGGUCCAGGACGAGUCUGUCGAGAAGAAGUCGAUUCUGUCUGCAGAGAGAGUUCACAACAUACUAAAGAGAAUCAAAGAUGAAGACUGCAAGGCGAUGGGACUCAACCCAGAGUGGGCAAGACCCGAUUGGAUGGUGGUGACAGUGUUGCCAGUGCCACCACCUCCAGUUCGCCCAUCCAUUAUGAUGGACACAGCCUCUAGAGGAGAGGACGAUCUGACCUACAAGCUGGCAGACAUUGUCAAGGCAAACAAGGAGCUCAAGAAGCAGGAGAAGAACGGUGCGCCCGCUCACAUCAUCACAGAGGCCACACAGUUCCUCCAGUUCCACGUUGCCACCUAUGUCGACAACGAGCUGCCAGGUCUGCCACAGGCACAGCAACGUUCUGGCCGUCCGCUCAAGACGCUCCGCCAGCGUCUAAAGGGCAAGGAGGGCAGAAUCAGAGGUAACCUCAUGGGCAAGCGUGUGGACUUCUCCGCAAGAACAGUCAUUACUGCCGACCCCAACCUCUCCAUUGACCAGGUGGGUGUGCCUCGCUCUAUCGCACUCAACCUCACCUACCCCGAGACAGUGACGCCAUUCAACAUCGACCGCAUGCGUGAGCUGAUCCGCAACGGCCCCAACGAACAUCCAGGUGCCAAGUACAUCAUCCGUGAGGAUGGCCAGCGUUUCGACCUGCGUUUCCUCAAGAAGGUCAGCGACAUGCAUCUCGAGUGCGGCUACAAGGUGGAGAGACACGUUCAAGAUGGUGACGUGGUCAUUUUCAAUCGUCAACCAUCGCUUCACAAGAUGUCUAUGAUGGGUCAUCGUAUCAAGGUUAUGCCGUACUCCACGUUCCGUCUCAACCUCUCUGUAACCACACCAUACAACGCCGACUUUGACGGUGACGAGAUGAACCUCCACGUGCCACAGACCGUGGAGACUCGUGCCGAGGUCAUUGAGAUCAUGAUGGUGCCUCGCUGCAUCGUCUCGCCACAGGGUAACCGUCCCGUCAUGGGUAUCGUGCAGGACAGUCUGCUCGCCAGUCGUCUGUUCACCAAGAGAGACACACUGGUAGAGCGUGACCUCAUGAUGAACAUCCUGAUGUGGCUGCCAACCUGGGAUGGCAAGAUCCCCGCGCCCGCCAUCCUCAAGCCCAAGAAGAUGUGGACCGGCAAACAACUGUUCUCGCUCAUCAUCCCCAACAUCAACUUGGUGCGCCCGUGCUCUACAUACAGUGACAAAGAGAAGGAGAAGGACACGUCAGAGUACGCCUCGGACACGAUGGUCAUCAUCGACCGUGGUGAGCUCAUGGCUGGUAUCCUCGACAAGAGAUCGCUGGGUAACACCAACGGAUCAAUCAUCCACGUCACGUGGACCGAGCACGGACACGAGGCCACACGUCUCUUCAUCGACCAGACACAGACCGUCGUCAACCAUUGGCUCAUCAACCACGGUUUCACCGUGGGUAUCGGUGACACGAUUGCCGAUGCGGCCACAAUGGUCAAGGUGCAGAACUCUAUCACAUCGGCCAAGUCGCAGGUGAAGGAGCUGAUCAUCAAGGCGCAGUCCAACCAGUUUGAGACGCAGCCCGGACGUUCCAUGCUCGACUCGUUCGAGAAGGAGGUCAAUCGUGUGCUCAACACAGCCAGAGAUGACGCCGGUACCAACGCCCAGAAGUCGUUGUCCGAGUCCAACAAUGUCAAGGCAAUGGUCAAUGCCGGUUCCAAGGGAUCGUUCAUUAACAUCUCGCAGAUGAUGGCCUGUGUCGGUCAGCAGAACGUGGAGGGUAAGCGUGUGCCCUUUGGUUUCCAGCAUCGCACGUUGCCUCACUUCACAAAGGACGACAACGGACCAGAGAGUAGAGGUUUCGUCGAGAACUCCUAUCUGAGAGGACUGACUCCCCAGGAGUUCUUCUUCCACGCUAUGGGAGGUAGAGAGGGUCUCAUCGAUACAGCCGUCAAGACCUCAGAGACUGGUUACAUCCAGCGUCGUCUGGUCAAGGCCAUGGAGGAUGUCUCGGUCAAGUACGACGCCACAGUGCGUAACUCGCUGGGCGACGUCAUUCAAUUCGCCUACGGUGAGGACGGUCUGGACGGCACGUCCUUUGAGAACCAGACUAUCGACACACUCAAGGUCGACAACAACGCCUUUGCCCGCAUGUACAGACACCAGAUCGAUCGCUCCGACUAUGGCGAUGGCUGGAUCGACCCACUCAUUGUGGAGGAGAUCCGCAACGACCCCACCAUCAGAGAGGCGUUGGACCGCGAGUACAAGAGACUCGAGUCCGACCGCCACCUGCUGCGCACAGAGAUCAUCCCAAGUGGUGAGGCCACCUGGCCAUUGCCAGUCAACCUUGCUCGUCUGCUCACCAACGCACAGAGAUUCUUUGGCAUCGACCACAGGAGGAUCAGUGACCUGAACCCAGCCACGGUCGUCACAGCGAUCGAGCGUCUAGCCAGCCGUCUAAAGAUCAUCCCACAUCUCGAGACCAACGACGAGGAUGCCAACUACAACAAGGCCUGGAACGAGACUCAUCAGAACGCCACACUGCUGUUUAGCAUGCUGCUCCGCAGCACUCUCGCUUCGAAGCGUGUCAUGAAUGACUACCGUCUGAACGAGAAGGCCUUCAGCUGGCUGUGCGGUGAGAUCGAGAGCAAGUUCAUGCUGGCCCUCGCCAACCCAGGUGAGAUGGUGGGUGCCCUUGCAGCCCAGUCCAUCGGAGAGCCUGCCACACAGAUGACACUGAACACAUUCCAUUAUGCUGGUGUGUCUUCAAAGAACGUCACACUCGGUGUGCCUCGUCUCAAGGAGAUUAUCAACUUGGCCAAGAAGGUGAAGACCCCCUCACUCUCUAUCUACCUCAGACCCGAGCUCUCCAGAGACAGUGAGCUGGCCAAAGCGGUGCAGAGUCAGCUUGAGUACACAGUCAUGGAGACCGUGACAGCUGCCACAGAGAUCUACUACGACCCCGAUCCCCAGACCACCAUCAUCAAGGAGGACUUGGAAUACGUCAAGCUCCACUACGCCCUUGAGGAUGUGCGCGAGGAGAACCUGUCGCCAUGGAUGCUCCGUAUCGAGCUGGACAAAGAGAUGAUCACCGACAAGAGGCUGCACCUCUCCGACAUUGCCCAGUGUAUCAAGCGUGACUUUGGAAAGCUGGACUGUGUCAUCAGUGAUGAUAACUCGCCCAAGCUUAUCAUCCGUAUUCGUACGAUCGAUGAGGACAUGAAGAACAGCGAGAAUGACGACGACGACACCUUCCUGCGUCGUAUUGAGGCCAAGAUGCUCAGUGAGAUGGUGCUCUGUGGUGUACCCGGCAUCAAGAAGGUGUUCAUGCGUCAAGACAACAUCAUCAAGGUCAACGACAAUGGAUCUUUCGACAAGGAGAAGGAGUGGGUGCUGGAUACCGAUGGAGUCAACCUGCUCGAGGUGAUGAGCCACCCAGACGUGGACUUCUCCAGAACAGUGUCCAACGACAUCAUUGAGAUCAUCCAGGUGCUCGGUAUCGAGGCCGUGCGUAAUGCCUUGCUGAAGGAGCUGAGAGCGGUCAUUUCCUUCGACGGUUCCUACGUCAACUACCGCCAUUUGGCCAUCCUUGCUGACGUCAUGACCUACCGUGGCCAUCUGAUGGCCAUCACCAGACACGGUAUCAACCGUGUCGAGUCCGGUGCCUUGAUGCGUUGUUCCUUCGAGGAGACUGUCGAGAUUCUCAUGGACGCUGCCAUGUUCUCCGAGACCGAUGAGGUGAAGGGUGUGACUGAGAACAUCAUUCUCGGUCAGCUGCCACCAUUGGGAACGGGAAGCUUCGAGGUGUUCCUCAACUCAGACAUGAUCAAGAACGCCCACUCCAUCGCCAUGCCAGAGUCCAACGCCAUGAUUGGCUACAACGACGCCCCAGGCGCACAGACUCCCUCGCACGAUGGUGGAAGCACCCCAUACCAUCAUCCAUUCAGCCCAUCGGAUGCUCCUUUCUCGCCAUUCAACGAGACCUACAGAGGAGACUUCUCACCGGGCUACUCUCCAGCCAACAGAGGCUCAUCAUCGUACUCCUAUUUCCCAGCCUCACCCACAUACUCACCAACCAGCCCAAGCUACUCACCAACGAGUCCAAGCUACUCGCCAACUAGCCCAAGCUACUCACCAACCAGUCCAAGCUAUUCGCCGACUAGCCCAAGCUACUCACCGACUAGCCCAAGCUAUUCACCAACUAGCCCAAGCUAUUCCCCAACGUCACCAUACUACAGUCCGACUAGUCCAUCGUACAGUCCGACAAGCCCAUCGUACAGUCCGACCAGUCCAUCGUACAGCCCAACAAGCCCAUCGUACAGCCCGACUAGUCCAUCGUACAGCCCAACCAGUCCAUCGUAUAGUCCGACAAGUCCAUCGUACAGCCCGACUAGUCCAUCGUAUAGCCCAACUAGUCCGUCGUACAGUCCGACCAGUCCAUCAUACAGCCCAACCAGCCCAUCGUAUAGUCCAACCAGCCCUUCAUACAGCCCGACCAGUCCCUCGUAUAGCCCCACCAGCCCAAGCUAUGCUCCCUACAACAACAACACCAACAACAAGAAGUAG